AUGGCGGUCGCAGCGCUGAGGGACUCGGCUCAGGGCUGUGUGACCUUUGAGGACGUGGCCAUUGACUUCUCUCAGGAGGAGUGGGGGCUCCUUGAUGAGACCCAGAGGCUGCUGUACUGUGAUGUGAUGCUGGAGAACUUUGCAGUCCUAGCCUCCCUGGGUCUGUCUUCUCUCAGCACCCGCUUGGCCGUAUGUGGUGAAUGUGGGAAAUUCUUUAGCCGAAGUUAUAGUCUUGUUCAACAUCAGGGAAUCCACACAGCAGCAGAUCCUUAUGAAUGUGGAGAAUGUGGGAAAUCAUUGCAUGAUCCCUCCAACCUCGUUCAACAUCAAAGAAUCCACGCUGGAGAAAGCCAUGAGUGCAGUGAGUGUGGGAAGUUACUUAGGAAUAACUCCCAUCUUAUUGCACAUAAAAUAAUUCAUACUGGAGAAAGGCCUUAUGAGUGCAGUGAAUGUGGGAAGUCCUUUAGCCGAAGUUCCACUCUUAUUCAAGACAGGAGAAUUCACACAGGAGCAAAUCCUUAUGAGUGUGGGGAAUGUGGGAAGUCACUCCAGAGCUCCGCCUUCACUCAACAUCAGAGAGUCCACACUGGAGAACGGCCUGAUGAGUGCAGCGAAUGUGGGAAGCUGUUCAGCAGUAACUCCACCCUACAACAUCAGAGAGUCCAUACAGGAAAAGGGCCUUAUGAGUGCAGCGAAUGUGGGAAGCUGUUUAGGGAUAGAUCUCACCUUCGAGGACACAAGAGAAUUCACGCAGGGGAAAGGCCUUAUGAGUGCCGUGAACGUGGGAAGUCCUGCAGUCAUAGCUCCAGCCUUAUUCAACACCAGAGAAUUCAUACAAAAGAAAGGCCUUAUGAAUGCCCAGAAUUUGGGAAGCGAUUUUGGAAUAGAUCCUACCUGAUUUUACAAAAGAGAAUUCACACUGGAGAAAGGCCUUAUGCGUGCAGUGAAUGUGCCAAGUCCUUUAGCAACAGUUCCAGCCUUAAUAUGCACAAGAGAAUUCACACCAGAGAAAGGCCUUAUAACUGCAGUGAAUGUGGGAAGUCUUUUAGUCAAAGCUCCACCCUUACUCAACACCAGAGAAUUCACAAAGGAACAUACCCUUACACAUGUGGUGAAUGUGGAAAAUCAUUUAACAAUCACUACAGCCUAAUUAAUCAUUGGAGGGUCCACACUGGAGAAAGGCCUUAUGGGUGCAGUGAAUGUGGGAAGCUGUUUAGGAAUAGCUCCCAUCUUACUGUACACAAGAGAAUUCACACUGGAGAAAGGCCUUAUGAGUGCAUUGAAUGUGGUAAAUACUUUCAACAAAAGUGUAAACUUACAAAACACAAGCACGUUCACACUAAAGAAAGACUUCAAGAGUGA